AUGAACGGCGUUGUCGAGGCGCUGCACAUAUACGACGAGCAUAACGCCCUCGUCCUGUCGCACACAUACUCGUCACGACCGUUGUCGGCGUCCCAUUUGCUGCCCCUCUACCUCGACCACCCCGUCCCCCGGCCGAAUCUCCUCUACCUACCGAACACCAACCCGCCGACUCUCGUCUUCAACCUCACCCAUGCGAACCUUCUCUUUCUCUUGACCACCUCGUCCGAGGUUGAGCCCCUCCUCGUCCUCGAGUUCCUACACCGCGUCAUCGACUCUCUCGAAGAAUUCCUGACUGCACCGUUACUGGCCCACAAGAUCGAGGCCAACUACGAUGUCGUCGCUCAACUCCUGACCGAGAUGUGCGAUGCGGGCACCAUCACCACCACCGAACCUAAUGCGCUACGAGACAUGGUCGAGGUGGAGGGGUUCAUGGACAAGUUGCUAGGCAACCUCAACCUCCCAACAAAACCAACCUUCGCCUCCGCCUCCCCAGCCCUCCACGCGCAACCAACCCCAGCCCUCCCCUGGCGGCGCGCGAACGUCCGGCACACCUCCAACGAGCUCUACACCGACCUGGUCGAGACACUCUCCGUGACGCUGGCGCCCUCGGGCCGCCCCCUCGCCGCCUUCGCCAACGGCACCAUCGCCUUCACCUCCAAGGUCUCGGGCGUGCCCGACCUCCUGCUGACGCUCACGGGCCCCGCCGGCAAGCACAACCUCAAGAGCGUCAUCGACCUGCCCGUCUUCCACCCCUGCGUCCGCCUCGCCCGCUGGCGCGAGCAGCCCGGCGUGCUGAGCUUCAUCCCCCCCGACGGCCGCUUCACCCUAGCCGGUUACGAGGUCGAUCUGAUGCCCUUCACCGGCGACGCCGCCUUGGUGGGGGCCGGCGCGAACCCCGCUGAAGCUGCCCGGUUACGUUGGAGAUUAAGACGGGGUUGGGGGGCGACGGGGUCCGACUUUGAGGUGCGUGUGCAGGUGAAUCGGAUGUUUGGGCCCGCUGCUGCGGGUGGGCAGGGGGCAAGGGGAGGGGGGUUGGGCGGUGGUGGUGCGAGGGGUUUCGGGGCGAGCACCCCGAGUGGUGCGCCGGCGCUGCAGGAUCUUGCCGUGUCCGUGCCGCUGCCGGCGGACGUGAGGAAUCUCUCCGAUAUCCGGCCUACGAGGGGUGAUGCUACCUAUAACCCUGGGGACCGGGCGUUGGAGUGGACCAUCUCGAACAAGGAGUUGGCCCAGGGGACGGCGUCCUUUGUGCUGCGGUGUACGGUCGUGGGACAGAUGACGGAGGAGGAUGAGGAGUCUGAUCCGACAGGGUUUGGCUUCGGCACCGGCGCGAACGCAUACUCGUACGACGAGCCGUACCAGAACUCAUCGCCCGUUGCGAAAUCGGCCAAGGCAGCUGUGGACGCGAGCGGUGCGGACCGGGAGGAGCGCAGGGCGGCGCAGAACAAGAUUCUGAUGCCCAGCUCGGCCUCGCUCAGCUUUGCCGUCAAGGGCUGGCUGGCCAGCGGCAUCAAGGUGGAGAGUAUACAUCUUGAUCCAAGGAAGAGCCGCGGGUUGGGGGAGGGCGUAAAGCCGUACAAGGGCGUCAAGUACCUGACAGUUAGCAAGGGUGGUGUGGAGAUAAGGUGCUGA